AUGGCGCACAACAACCAAGCCGGCGGCAGCAACACCGACAUCAGAAAGGACUGCCUGGACAACUUCACCCUCGACGAGGCGGAAGCCCUCUUCCGUGCACGCCUGCUGGUGCCGCCAGAGUAUAGGUUGGCGCAUGGCUGGCACCUCUCCAACGACGGCUACGUUGUACCGCCAGCGUCGGAGGGCGAGGAGCUCAUGGGGAGAGCACAGCUACCAGCGGCGCAACAUCGGGAGGUCGAGCAGCAGGGGAGAAUACAUAUUGGUUUUCGUUUCUUGUGCAUCAAAAGCAAUAGCAUGGAGAACAAGGCACGUCAUGAGCCAAGCAAUCUGCCUUACAAAUUGCUAAAACAGAUUACAAAUGAUUUUAACAAGGAGCGAAUACUUGGGAGUGGUAGUUUCGGAACAGUUUACAAGGGUGUCCAUGAAAAUCACGGAGAGAUUGCCGUGAAGGUACUCCACAAGAUUACAGGAUUGGAUGAUAAGGAAUUCCACAAAGAAUUUGAUAAUCUUAGGGGGCUCAAACAUCCAAAUGUUGUGGAAUUAGUUGGCUUCUGCAACGAAUCGGAGGAAGAACUUGUGCUUUUUGAAGGAAAACAAGUUACUGCUGAGCGUUUGCGUCUGGCACUCUGCUUUGAGUAUGUACAAAAUGGUAGCCUAAAGAAGCUUAUUUCUGACGAGAACACAGGAUUUACCUGGCAGACACGGUACGGAAUAAUCAAAGGGAUCUGUGAAGGUCUGAAAUAUCUUCGUGAGGGACUGGAGUCUCCUAUAAUGCAUUUCGACUUAAAACCUGACAACAUAUUGCUAGAUAAGAGCAUGGUGCCGAAAAUCGCGGAUUUCGGGUUAGCAAAGCUCUUCGGAGAAGAAAACACAAGAAAAACUAUGAGUCCCGCAGGUACAUGGUAA